AUGUCGAAUUCAACCAGUGAAUCGCUAAAUUCUACUGCAAUACCAAUUGAUUCUUCCAAUCCUUUAUAUCUUCAUCCGUCAGAUCAUCCUGGUAUGAUUCUUAUUUCAAAAUCUUUUGACGGAACUGGAUUUGCCGCUUGGAAACGGGGAAUGACGAUUGCUUUAUCGGCAAAGAACAAAUUGAUUUUUGUUAAAGAAAAUUUAGGUCAACCUUCUGAUGUUUCUCAAUCUGCUCUUUGGGAACGAUGCAAUAGUAUGGUUAUCUCGUGGAUCUUGAAUACUUUGUCACGAGAAAUUGCUGAAAGCGUUCUUUACACAGAAUCAGCACAUCAACUUUGGGAAGAACUGAAUGAUCGAUAUGGUCAGGCAAAUGGUGCAAAGUUAUAUCAGUUACAAAAGAAUCUUUGUGAAAUUCAUCAAGGUAAUACUGAUAUUGCAACUUAUUUUGCUAAAGUCAAAACUAAUUGGGACGAGUUGAGUUCGUUAAACCUAGUUCCCUCAUGUACUUGUGGUGCAUCACGAAUUAUUGCAAAAAGAGAUGAAGAUCAACGCUUAAUUCAAUUUCUUAUGGGAUUGAAUCCAGCAUAUGAUGUUAUUAGAGGAAGCAUUCUCAUGAUGCAACCUCUACCAUCAAUAAAUCAAGCUUAUGCCAUUCUUACUCAAGAAGAAACACAAAGAGGGAUAUCUACCACAGGACACUUCUCAUCUGAAUCUGCAUCUAUGAAUGCAAGUGUUCAUUCUCAAAGUGGUCAAUAUUCAAAGUUUGAUAACAAGAAAAAUUUGGUAUGUUCAAAUUGUAAGAAAAUUGGUCACUCUACAAACAAGUGCUAUCGAAUUGUAGGUUUUCCUAAGGACUUUAAGUUCACCAAGACAAGACGUGGCACUACAAAUAUGGCAUUUGAUGAUGGAACUGAUACACAAAACCAAUCCUCACAAUCUGCUCCUGUUAUUACCACAGAACAAUAUAAUGAACUGUUGCAGCUAUUACAGAAAUCUCAGUUGACCAAAGAUUCUAAUGACACUCAAUCUAUCAAAUUGAUUUUUUAG